AUGGAGGUGACGGACGAUGCAAGCCCUGACGUCAUAGAACUAGAUACGGAUAGAUGUGUUGUCGAAUGGCGCGACAAAAGUCUAAUGCCAGAACCAUACGUUGGCGAAGAACGAUCAUCAAAUGAUGAAACCAGAGCCAUGGAACAGUUUGCACGUGUCUUUUUCGAACGAUAUUUAACUCCGGGACCAGCACUCGAUAUGGGUUCACUUGAUGAGGCUAUCACUCAUUCUUUGUUUGAUCCAAGCACUCCUUGUCCUUUAGUCCUCUAUGUGCAUCAUGAUCAUAGCGUAGCCACAAACAUCUUUUGUGAACAUGUUUUAUGUGCUGAAAAGAUCACAACUUAUCUUGCUGAAAAUUUUAUCGUUUGGGCAUGGGAUCGAACUAAUGAUAUCAAUUAUCAACGGUGA